CGAACUUCCAAACCUGCGCAUACCCCAUUUAUACAGCAAGGAUUUUUUUGUAUAUUAAUCAUGGCAGAGCAACAGCAAACAAGUCAGCAGACUCCUGUGGAGCGGGUGGCCAACUACCAGCCUGUACAGAACGCAACCGGUGUUGCUUCGAAUCUCUAUUCACAGGCGAAGGAAUCAAAUCAAUACGUCAAAAGAGCACUAGAAGCCGGAGAAGGACUUCUAGCACAAGGUUCAGCGGUUUUCUGGCCAUACGUCCAGCCCGGUCUACAGCGCCUCGAGCCUACAGCCAAUGCACAACUAGACUUCCUUGAGGAGAAAGCACCCCAGGUACAAGAGUUUGCAGCUCAAAAGUAUAAGGAAACAUCUGAGUUUGCCGCUCAGAAGUACAAUGAAAACUCUGAGUUUGCCGCUCAGAAGUACAAUGAGACCUCGGCACGCGCUGGCGAGGCUGUCGGGGCUAUACAGGCACAGGCUGGAGCUGCAGCUGAGGCAGUGCAGGCUAGGGCGGCUGAUGCACAGAAAGCAGCAGGUGAAUACUACAACACAACCGCGCAAACUGUAGCGAACUCAACCGCUGCUACACGGGAGAGAGCUACCGAGAUGUAUGACAAUACAACGAAGACUAUCGAGGAGAAUGUGGAUUACUAUCUAUCCCCCGCCUCAGCCGAUGACGAGAAGGAGCUGGCCCUGGCAACAGAACAGGGUCGAUUUGGCAAGAUCUUCCAGAUCACACAGAAAGUUUCCAACCGGCUCUACCAGCGAGCGGCGCACAAUGUGACUGAGGCCAACAAGUACACACAAUCCCUGCCUGAAAGCAGCCCCACACUCAAACACUACGUAGAGGUCAUUGAACGCCAGAAGGCUACCUUAUCCGAGACCAUUGCAUCCACCCAGGCGUUUGUGCUGUCAUCGGUACAGGAUGCGAGUUCUACGGCGUCUGCUAAGCUGGAUGAUUUACGCACAACAGCCGCUGGUCAAACAGCUCUAGAUAUAAAGAACAAUCUGACCAGCACAGUCGCAUCGCUUAGAGAACGCGCUGCCGCUGCAGCAUCGGAAUACAAAGUACCCGAGUCGAUAAACACCUCAGUGAAUGCGCUCAGCGAGAGGCUGCAGGGCUUCUACAAAGAGGUUAAAGCCGGUGACGACAAGUUGGGCGUCAGUGAGCGUUUAAAUGUACUGGCCGAAGAGGCCAAGAAGACUUGGGACAGUCUGGCGCAAAGCUUAAGCGCAUACGCUCCUGCCGGAGCUGUGAAGGAUGAUGGCGUCUUUGACGCGUAAGUCAGCCGCUCACUCCAUUCUACCGUGAAAGAGGGUUGCAACAAAUGCCAUCACGAAAACAAAUCGUUUAAAAGUGAAAGCGAUGCAAAUUAUUAGUAUAUAUAAAAUUACAUGUGUAAAUAAACCCCCGGAGAUGUCUGGAUCAGAUAGUGUAAUUUAAAUAUCAUCCGAGUUCAACUAAGUGUAAUGAAACCAUUCUAUGCUCGGGCGUCAACGCUUGCAGAGAACCAUGUUAGCAUAUAUAGCUUCGAAAACAAAUAUAAUAGAGGAGUUAUUUCGACUGACCGAGGGUCGAUUAGGAGAUUUUGAAAUCACACCUGAUUCGGUACAGUAAAAUGUGCUCAACGCGAAUUGUACAUAGAUCUGGCUAUCGAAAAGCUGGGGAUAGAAGCCUAAUACGAGUAGCUGAGACUGAAUAAGCUCGCAAUACACUCCCAUCAAUAUAAUUUAUAAACGGGUGUUUGUUUGGAAUAAGCCAAGCUACCUCUCGAGCAAUUUUGCUGAACACACAACUUGAUAAAAAGGAAGCUGACUAUAUGGCCAGAAAAACUGAAAAUCAAUACACGUCAAAUUUUCAAAAUAAAAGUACACUUACACGCGAGGGGUAUUUUAAAAGUUCAGAUAGCUCUUGAGCAAUGCUG